AACCAGGUUACAGUGUGGGAGAGAAGAGAUCAACACAAAUGAGACCUUUGAAAGAUGAUGAAGGAAAUUUAAUUACCAGAGAGGAGAUACAACCACUUCAAAAAACUCUUGAAUCGACCAUCAUCAUCACCACCUGCAACUGGAUUAGGAAUACCAACGGCGAUGGCAGAACUACAGGUGAACACAAGCCCUCCGACAAAAACAGAAGUGAAUUCGUGAACGCCAUAAUGUUACUGAAAUUCGGGGAAGCAGUAAGACAAGAUGGAAUCCCUCCAGAAGCACUGAAAACAGAGGCACAGACAACAGCGAACAUGCUCACACCAAUGCUUCAGGAGGUUCGCAAGGAAGGAAGGAAGUGAGGGAAGGUGCCUGCAGGUUGAUUGGAAGAAGAGCCACCUCGUGAAACUUCCAAAGAGGGGAGAUAUAAGUUUUUGUAAUAACUGGCACGGAAUCAAGUUUUUGUCUCUACCCACCGGACGAAGCAAAAUAUCAAGCCACAUCAUACUGGAG